GAGUAGUGAGUGAAAGAAACGGGGCGGGGCUGAGGCCAAGGAGAGGUUGGGCUACGUCCUGAAUGUUCCCGAUACAGAGGAUUUUGAAACUGCCUUCAGCUCGUCCGAAAUGGCUGACUCUCCUCUCUGCUGCUCGAAAUUUCUCCAGACACAGAAUCUUGCCUGUUUCCUCACAAACCCACACUAUGGCAGCCUCAUCAAUGCAGAUGGCCAUGCUGAAGUAUGGACAGAUUGGAAUGAUAUGUCCAAGUUUUUCCAGUACGGAUGGAGAUGCACUACUAAUGAGAAUUCUUAUUCAAAUCGUACCUUGAUAGGCAACUGGAACCAAGAAAGAUAUGACCUAAGGAAUAUCGUACAGCCCAAACCCUUGCCUUCCCAGUUUUGCCACUACUUUGAAACAACAUAUGACACAAGCUACAAUAACAAAAUGCCAUUUUCAACCCAUAGAUUUAAGCGAGAGCCUCACUGGUUCCCAGGACAUCAACCUGAACUAGAUCCUCCUCGAUACAAAUGCACAGAAAAGUCAACUUAUAUGAAUAGCUAUUCAAAGCCUCAAAUUGGGCAUUUCUCUAGUUGUGUGUGGGAUCCAAAUAUUGAUCAAUUUCAGGGUCCAGGAUUCUAAAAAGGGAUAAGACGCUUAGUUUUUCCAGAGUAGAAUGUAGGAGGGAGCACAUUCUAAGCACAACUAAAAAUUUAGCUCACUGUAACACAGUUUCACUCCCCUAAUAAACAAAGCACAAAGUACAGAAAAUAUUUUCUAUUCCUUUUUUUGUUUUAACCAAGAUUUGAAUGUCAAAUUUAAGUU